AAUCCUUUUGCUUUUAAUUGUGCUAUGUUUCUAUGUGGGAUUCAUAAUCGAUCGGUGGGUAUAAGUAAGAAUGGGUGAUUAACACGAUCUCUACCAGUCGGGUUACCGCUGACAUUAGUUCAUGAGUCAUUCGUCUCAUUAUCCAGGAGGCAUGACGCGGAUGUAUGAGUCAGAUUUUGCGUACAGGUGAAACACAAUGGAAUCCUGAAGGUAAUGAGUUGGAUCUUCUUUAUACUACUUACUUACACCUGUUAAUCUUCGUGGUGGAGCAUGGGCCACCCAUCAAUAUUGUUCAUCCAACUCUGUCCCGGAUCAUCCUUUCCAGUUAUUAUUCGUAGUUUUCAUGUCUGCUUCCAAUUCUCAGUGUUGUAUAUUCUUUGGCCUUCCUUCUAUUUCAUUUCCCUUCAAGAUUCCAAGUUAGUGGUAUUAUACUCUCUGAGCUGUAUAACUUCAUUGAGUAGCUUUCAUCAUCAUCUUGGACAAUAUCAUCAGCGACUUUACUUAAUGUAACAGAUUACCUAUCCAGUUAUUUCACAUGAGUUCUAUGAGUCCAUUAUCUUUGAUUGGUUGUCUUUCUGGGUUUUUUUUGUACUGCAUUCCUUUUGAUUUUUAUUUCUGGUUAAUCUCUGACAAUGUAUCCGAUUGAAUUCUUCUUUGUAACUUAGGUUUACAUUGAUUUAAAGUUUGAUCUGAAUUGGAUAUUUCUAGGAAUUAUUUUUGAAUUGAGGUUCUCUCAAUUCACAGUUUCGUAGUUUAGUUAAUCACGAUACAAAUGGUGAUUAGAAACAAAAAGUGAUAAUGUUAUAUCCGAGUGGAGAUUAAAUUACAGGUAACUUCCAAGGACUAUUCAUGGACUAAUAUUCUAUAAAUAUUCUUAUUGUAUAACUACGCAACAAUUACACUAUGGAUAUUUAUAUUCCUUUUAUGAUAAGCUUUAUUUUGACCUAUAAUUUAUUAUUGUACGAUUUACGGUCCUUAAGUUAUGUUCAGUUUAUUAACUACUGCCUCCUUCAUUCACAGCCACUUUUUGGCUUAUUUGUGUACAAAUAUUAUUUCCUAUUUUAUGGUACGUUGCGGUCUGUAUGAUUGAUAUAUAAACCAAGUAUGCCUGAAAUAAACGAUCUGCUCUGAUUCGGAAGCUGGUAUUGUGUUCUGGACUCAAGUGGAAGGGCUCGUAGGACAUAGGACCAAUAAGGACGCUAAACUGCCCACACCGGUUGAACGUCAUUGGUUGGCCUAGUGUGAAGAUUCGUAUAAGUCGUAUUCGGAUUGGUAGAUAAGUCGUGUGAUCGAAAAGUCAGACAUCCAAGGUCAUAACAAUUGGCGACGGGGUGGAGAAAAGUUUUGAACCCUCAACUUCAAGGUCAUAACGAUUGGCGACGGGGAUUUUGGCAACAACGAAAAAAAAUAAUAAUACGACAAGUGGUGACUCAGAUUUUGGAAAUAAAUUAGCUGUAAUAAUUGCCGGUGAUUUUUGGAGCUAAUAUUAUUGGCAAAAAAAAAUGUCGAUUUCUUUCGAACAGUUGCGGUUAAUAUUACAGCACCAGCAGAAGAUGUUGGCCUUGCAACAACAGCUAUUUGUAACAGUUUUGGGCAGACUUUGCAUUCAAGCAGAAAAUAAGAAAUCUAUAUAUCAUGCAGAUAAUGGUGCAGUAAUGGACAUUUCAGAAGCAUAUCCUGUGCAGGAUUCAAAUCCCUCUAUACCAGAAGGAAAACGUAAUAUUGGUAACGUGUCCAGCUCAGAGCAAGAAAAUAUUGUGCUAAAUGCACAUGAAGUUGUGACAAUACCAGAUGAUCAGGAGCCAGAUCCUGUAGAUGAUGCCCAGAGUCCAGAAUCAAAUGAAACACUACUGGUACUGUCUAGCUGCGAAAAUAAACGUCAGCUCGAACAAAAUUGUGGUCCACGUGCUAUUAGUCGAGAAAGCUAUGGUGACUCGUAUUCAGAAAAUAACUGGAGCAACACGAUGAACCAAAUUGUACCAGAUGUUACUCAAAAUCAUCGGAAGACAGAAUUUUAUAUUGAGUCAACUUAUCCCAUUUCUAAUGACAGUGUGCCAGAUAUUGAUUCUCAGAAUAAUGCAUAUGAUUUUGAUGAAACUUCUUAUAACAAUGAGGGAAAUAUGUCAGCUGAGUCGAAUGAUGGCCAAAAAUCUAAUUUAAUUCUGUUGGACGUUGACUUUCUUAAUGACUCGUUAUCUGCUAACGAGAUUCAUAAUGAAUUUGAAAAUAAUGAACUCAGGUCAAAGGUCGUUCAUCAUCAUCUAGUCAUUUUUAGUGGCUUCUCCAGUCAAUACGAGAAACAUGGUUUAAAUAAAGUCCUACUAGUUGUAUUUUGGAGCCAUAAGGACCCAACAUUAUUUCGAGGAGGAGGAGAAUGUUGAGGAAUUUAAAGUCACAUAUGAUUCUUUUUUUUUUAUAAUCAGAAUCUAAAGUUGGAAUUUUCAAAAAAACAAAAAAAAGGGAGGUGUUAUAUCCGAGUGGAGAUUAAAUUACAGGUAACUUCCAAGGACUAUUCAUGGACUAAUAUUCUAUAAAUAUUCUUAUUGUAUAACUACGCAACAAUUACACUAUGGAUAUUUAUAUUCCUUUUAUGAUAAGCUUUAUUUUGACCUAUAAUUUAUUAUUGUACGAUUUACGGUCCUUAAGUUAUGUUCAGUUUAUUAACUACUGCCUCCUUCAUUCACAGCCACUUUUUGGCUUAUUUGUGUACAAAUAUUAUUUCCUAUUUUAUGGUACGUUGCGGUCUGUAUGAUUGAUAUAUAAACCAAGUAUGCCUGAAAUAAACGAUCUGCUCUGAUUC